CCCAUUCUUACCCCCCCUCCCCCUCCAACAAACUUACAACAACCUCUGUACAAAUUCCCCGUUUUGGCAAUAUAAUACCCACGUAUAUACUCCACACCUGUCCCCGCUUAGGGCCUGUUGCAGUCAGACAUCCGCGACCGACCUUACUGUACCCACCACACUGGGUUCGCUUCUCACUUCCUGUCAGUGCUUACCAAAAGGCGGUCAUCGUGGCGCAGCUCCCAGACUUGCAGCUUCCAGCAAGGCUGUGUUCCUGGCGGUCCAACUGGAGCGCUCGAUCUUCGUUGCACGGUCUCCACGCCAGACUUGGUCCGCCGCUGUCCCACUGAAACUGAAUGGGCGGUGACACGAGCCAGGCGGCCCCCAGCAGCAUGCAUGGAUAUGAUGCCGGAAUGGUUGGGGACAUGGCUGGAAUUUUGAGGCCCUCCAGUACUUAUGCGGCUGCCAAUACCAAUGCGCCCUCUCCGUUUGCCAUAUACCUCGCCGAAGACGAGUCCUUGCAGGCUGGAAACCAGCAAGACCAGGAACCAGAUGCUCUGAUGGAUGCUGUUUUGAGGCUGUUCUCGUUGGACGAGAGUGAUCCGCUGGCAAAUGGAGGGGAUGAGGAUGAGGAGGAGGAUGUACUGGUGGAUUUGGCGGACCAGCAGCUGAGGACUGACCGCUUGAGGGGCAUCACGUUGUCUUUGGACCAGCUAUGGUGGUCUGGUCAAGUAUACAUGGCAGCAGCGGCGGAAAAGCUUGCAGAUGGAAGCAGAGAUUACCGCUGGAGGAUACCAAUGGGAAACUCCGGUCUCGUGGACGCCUUCUUGAUGAUAGUGGCCACAGAAGGCAUUCAAAAUUCCCUCAUGAUCCAUGUUUUAAGGUUAAUCGGAAACACGUGUGCGGACACAGAUGAGAAUAGAGCAAGGGUUGUCUCAAGAGGCUCCUUGCAAGCGAUAAUAGCGUUGCUCAAAGAUAAAAGCCUUGUUCCCUUCGUGGCGCCAGUGCUAUUUAAUAUAUGCUUUGAUUAUGGACCUGCACAAAAACAAGCAUCAGAAUUCAACCUGAGCAAAGCUCUCGUCCAGUUUAUCUCGGAUCCAUAUUUCGAAGAACACAGGCCAUUUUUAGGCUAUGCGUGUAAACUUCUAGACAUGGUAGUCGUACAACCCAAUGAACCUUCACUCGCGCCUGAAAACACGGUUGAGGUUCUGUUGAAUCUAGCUGUAUCAGGGAAGUCACCUCUAGACCUGGAAGACUUUAUUAGCGUUGUUAGCUCAGCUACGAAAUACCUCCAACAUGCUCGCUUCCAAGUCGCGCUGUGCAAUUCAAUGGCAUUAUAUGCGGCCCUUAGGCUAGUACUUUUAUCUUAUACCCGGCUUGAGGAUAGUAUGGGCGAAGCGGCCGCCCCAGAUGAAGAAGACACCAAUCGUCUCGCUGUAUGGAGGACUGAGAUGAAUCAGGUCCUCUCAGACAUAUCGGCACUGCCCGAAUUCGCUGCGAGGUGCCCCGUAAACUCGACCAUGUCUAGCUACUUAAGGAAAUGGCUGUCGUCGCCGCAACUCCAACUGCAAGUCUGCGCUUGCAUAAUGCUCGGCAACCUCGCACGCUCAGACGAAGUAUGCGAGGAGUUUGUCCAAAAGAGCCGCAUCCACAAACCCCUAAUGGACAUCCUCACCACAGCAACCGACUCCCAAGUCCUCUACGCCGCCAUCGGCUUUCUCAAAAACCUCGCCCUCCCCGCCCGCAACAAGGUCGAGCUAGGCAACGCCGACCUCAUCGAGAUCCUACCCCGCCUCUGGGCCAUGGACACGCUACCCCAGAUCCAAUACUCUGCGAUCAGCCUAGCGCGCCAACUCCUGAUCGGCAACUUCGCCAACGUCCUUCGCAUCUCCGCCCCCCUCUCCGCCGACCCGGACUCCCCUGCCAACGAGAAAUCCCGCCUCUCAGUCCUCAUCUCCAUCUUCGGGCGCAGCGACGCCGAGCCCGUGCGUAUGGAGAUUGCUCGCGCCCUCGCCGCCGUAUGUCGCGUGCUCGCCGCGCGCACACCUGCGCCUGGCACCGACGCAGUGACCCUCCAGACGCGGCGCCGUGAGCUCUUCGAGCGUCACCGUGAUAUCGGAACGCCUCUUAGCUUCCUGGUGUCGCAGACUAAGUGGCCCGUCGUGCGCAGUGAGGGUUGGUUUGUGCUGGCGCUGCUGGCGCGCACAGAGGAGGGCGUUCAGUGCGUGGCGGAUAUUAUGCAUGAGAUUGAUGUGUUUACGCCGCUGAUGGAUCUCAUGACGGGUAAGACCUUUAUUGAGCGCAUGUCCUCGCCUAUGACUUCGCCAACGCCAACGGAGGCGACGAGCUUGUUGCUUGCGGAGUUGAUGGCUGCGAAGUCGGACGGUGCGGGUGCGACUGCGGGAGGAGCUGCGCCGACAGGUACCAUGAGGGAGGCGGAAAUGGCGAGGAUUGAUCGCGAAAAUGCGCUUGUGCUUGUUAGCGAGCUGUUGCGGCGACGGGGGUCGACGAUGGCGUUUAUGCGGCGCAUUGCGUUUGAAGAACUCCUGCAGGACGGUGGGAGCUUGCAUGUCGAAAAUCUAGCGGCAGAGGCAGCGCUGCCGCCGCCGGUGCCGUUGACGCAGACAAGUAGCGAAAGUUCAUUUAUGAUGGAUAGUGUGAUUGGUGAUGGCAACCAUGAGAUGUUUAACUGAGUGGUAGUGUGGAGGGUGGUAGUUUGGGCUAUGUGCCUGGAUGGUGGGAUGACUGGGAUAGAUAAAAGGAGAAAAGAGGUUUACUUUAACGGGUAUAAUUGGGCACUCGACACUUACCGUGGAUUUCUUCACAAGAUUAGAAAUUGAAAAAUAAACACAAUUCUCAGAGC